UGAUGAGGUUGCAGCUGCUCGCGCGGGCCCUUCCUUGGUGCUGCCAAAAUGUCUCUCUGGGUGUCUGCUGUGCGCACUCUGUGUCCCCUGUCACAUGUCGGAUUUAGCUGGGUGCAGCAUUACUUGGUGGAUCAGAAUAUGUCGUUGACCAACACAAAGACGGGCUUCUCUGUUAAGGACAUUUUGGACCUUCCGGACACGAAUGACGAAGAGGGAUCUAUCACCGGAGCGGAGGACGACACGGAGGGCUCAGAGAGCACGUCCACGACGAAAAGCACGGGAGUUUUGGUGAAAAGUCCCCUGGAAAACGCGCAGAACCUGCCUUUAAAGAACCCAUUUUACGACACUAGUGACAAUCCGUACACGCGAUGGCUCGCCACCACGGACAGUAUUCAAUAUUCAUUGUUCCUCCCGUUUCUCGCCGCCGCAGUGCACGGCCUCUCCGCCGGCUCCCAGGACUCCGCCAAGUCCCCGGAGCCGUCCGCAGACGACGAGUCGCCGGACAACGACAAGGAGACGUCCAGCAGCGGGGGGAGCGACUCGGGCAAGAAGCGCAAAAGGCGGGUGCUGUUCUCCAAGGCGCAGACCUACGAGCUGGAGCGCCGUUUCCGACAGCAGAGGUACCUGUCCGCCCCGGAGAGGGAGCACCUGGCCAGCCUGAUCCGCCUCACUCCCACCCAAGUGAAGAUCUGGUUCCAAAACCACCGGUACAAGAUGAAGCGAGCCCGGGCUGAGAAAGGUAUGGAAGUGAGCCACCUCCCUUCCCCCAGGCGAGUGGCCGUGCCCGUCUUAGUCAGGGACGGGAAGCCUUGUCACACCCUUAAAGCUCAGGACUUGGCGGCCACUUUUCAGGCCGGGAUCCCCUUCACGGCGUACGGCGCGCAGUCGCUCCAACACAUGCAGUACAACGCGCAAUACGGCGCAGCGGCCACGCCGCACUUCCCCACGGCGCACCACUUGGUGCAAACGCAACAGUGGACUUGGUAAGGGGACGCGAUAGACAGAGACUCGAUUUUGGGAAGGCACACGAUAGGCAGUUUCACUCCUCACGCAAAGAGAGGGGGAAACCUCACGCAAAGCCACUCACGAAAGACUUCAUUUUUUCGCAGUCCACACAAUAUACGGUACCAUUUUUAUUCGGGGCUUACGUGUGCACCGUGUUUACAUGUUUUCGUUAAGAGAACUGGCUCCAACCCCCUUUCCCAAAUAGAUUUUAUCGAGAAUGUCAAUGCUCUUCUUGUGAACAUUUUUUUUUUUGUAAAAGUAUGUUGUGUGUUGGUUGUAGAUAUAUAUAUUUUCUCUCCCCCCUUGCCCUCGUGUUAUUCUCAGCACGUACGAACCACUUUAUAAUUAUAGAAAUGUUAAUUUCUUGCUUCUUUUAUGGACCGAAAAAUAUUUAUGGCCACGAAUAAACACUGGCAACUUUUCAAAUUUC